GCCAAUAAACUAUUUUUAUAAGAACGGAGUAACAGUAGGACAGUUGUGUUAGUGGUUUUAGUGGUAAUAUUACUCAUCAUAACCAAAGUUGCCAAUCUUGGUAUGCAUGGCUUUCUUAACAAAUUCACUUUGGGUAGAUGUCGCUUUAGCGAUUUUCACUCUCAUAAUUGUUAUAAUACUGUAUUUCAAUGAAAAGUACAAAUAUUGGAAAAACAGAGGAGUGCCCUAUGUCAAACCUCUACUGGUUUUCGGAAGCUUCAAAGACAACUUACUUGGAAAAGAAAAUGUUUUUGAGGUUCACAACAGAAUUUAUGACGAGCUGAAAGGAGAACGAUUCGGUGGAUUUUAUGAGUUCAACAUGCCCAAUCUAAUGAUCAGAGACCCAGAUUUGAUAUACAAAAUGCUGGUGAAAGAUUUUGCCCAUUUUCAUGACCGAGCGAUGUUUCCGACUGACCCGAAGAACGACCCUUUGACCAAUACGAUCUCAACACUAACUGGACAUGAAUGGCGGACAUUGAGGCAUAAACUCACUCCGACCUUCACCUCCGGAAAACUCAAAGGGAUGAUCGAGCAGAUCCAAAACAGCGGAGAGACCCUCUUGAGCAAAUUUAACACGCUAGCGAGCAACAAGCAAGAUGUUGAAGCCAGGGAUAUUCUGAGCGAGUUCACCAUCGACGUCAUAGCCAGCUGUGCUUUCGGACUACAAUUCAAAAUGGACAGUCAGGAAGGACAAAGGUUUAAAGAAAUGGUCUUCAAGGCUUUUCCAGCAACUAGAUUUGCUUCUCUUGUCAUGUUGCUGAGGUUGUUAUACACCAGGUUUGCCUCCUUUUUAGGAAUCACAAUGUUUUCUAAAGAAGUGACAGAAUAUUUUUUGAAUCUCAGCAAAGAAACCGUGAGAUACAGGAAAGAGCAAGGAGUCAAACGGAACGAUUUCCUUCAGCUGUUGAUGAACUUGAAAGAAAACGAGGAAAACAAAAAUGUCUCGAAUUCUGUAGAUGAUGAUGUAGAAGAGGAUGAUGUUGUUAACCAGCUGAAAUUCUCAUCUGUGUACAGCAAAGACCUGCAAAACCAAAAAGUGAUGACAGAAGGAUGCCUAGCAGCCACUUCUUUCCUCUUUCUGGCGGCCGGCACUGAGGUUUCAUCAGCCAUGGUGUAUGCUAUGUACGCUCUCGCAAUGAACCCAAAAAUACAGGAAAAACUGCAGCAAGAAAUAGAUGAGGUCUUGGCCAAGCACAAAAAUUUAAGCCAUCAGGCGCUUAAGGAAAUGGUUUACCUGGACAAAGUGUUAUGUGAGUCAAUGCGUAUGUAUCCAAUCAACUCCUUUAUUAACCGUGUUUGCACCAUUCCCUACCGAGUCCCGGACUCUGACUUUGUAAUAGAGAAGGGCACCCGGAUCAAUAUCCCGGUCUGGGCUAUCCACCAUGACCCUAAGUACUACCCGGACCCUGAGGUCUUCGAUCCGGAGCGUUUUCCGGAGCCGAACUACAAACCAACUCCGACCUACUUGCCGUUCGGAGAUGGUCCAAGAAUAUGCAUUGCAAUGAGAUUUGUCGUUUUGGAAAUGAAAGUCUGCAUCUCAAGAAUUAUGUCGCAGUACACAGUAUCUCUCAGUAAGAAGAUGAAACUUCCAAUUCAGUUUGAGCCUAAAGGUUUUUCCCCAAGAGUAAAAGGAGGCCUGUGGAUUACAGUGGAAAAAAGAAAGUGAAGAAUUUAAGUUCCAAGUUAAUUUAGUUGAUAUUUUACUGUUUUACACACUUAAUUUUUAAAUUAGCACCGUAGUGAUUAUUUGUCAGAAGUUCAUUGUCAGUAUUUAGUGAUGAUAUUUUUUAACAACCAGUCUAGUGUCGUUUAAACAAAGCUGUAAAAAUCACUGCAGCAAACCUGCCGACUAAGCGAAUUUCCAUUUGCCUGGAUUGAUUUUCAAUUAAUCUAUUAAAUUAACAUUUUAUGUUUAACGAGUACCUAGGUUAGCUGCUAUAGGGAAACUAAUAAAGUGUGUUUUUUAAAUAAAAUUUCAAUUGCUUAGUAGGAAAUAAAUAAAUCCGCCAAGUUUGAUCAAAAUAUAUUCAUAAACA